GUCAGCUACGAUCUCACUUCCCUUCUGCCCCCACACUCAUUCGGUUUGACUCGUCUCAUCGUUCUCUUUCUCUCUCUAUUAGCGGGAUCUCUCUCUGACUCCAUUCCAUUCCAGCCCGGGGAGACAGAGAGAAAAGCUUGGAAAAAUGGUAAUGAACGACGCAGGAUCGUGCAAUCCGGGAGUGUUGAAAGCGAUCUUCGUGGUGAUGUCUCUGUGCUUGUUCGGGUACAUAGUGGGUCCUCCUCUGUACUGGCACUUCAUGGAAGGCUUAGCCACCUCCUCUUGCCCUCCCUGCCUCUGCGAUUGUUCUUCUCAGCCUCUCCUCUCCAUUCCCCAAGGACUGACCAACACUUCUUUUACAGAUUGUGCAAAGCAUGAUCCAGAAGGGAAUGAAGACACAGAAAAUAACUUUUCAGAGCUUUUGUCUGAGGAGCUGAAGCUACGAGAAACUGAAGCUUUGGAAAGUCAGCGGCGUGCUGACAUGGCUCUUCUUGAGGCCAAGAAGAUAACAUCCCAAUAUCAAAAGGAGGCAGACAAGUGCAAUUCGGGGAUGGAAACUUGUGAAGAGGCAAGGGAAAAAUCUGAGGCAUCUUUAUUGGCACAGAAGAAACUGACUGAAAUGUGGGAGCAGAGGGCUCAUCAAAGAGGAUGGAAAGAAGGGGCCGCGAAGUCUCGUACACAGUCUCAGGGUAAUGUUCAAUCUGCAUAAAAUGCUGAUAGCCUCGUGUGAUCCCACGUCAAAGGAGGAGGAUGUUUAUGAAUUUGAUGAACUAGGUUGAACCAUCUGAUCCAAUUCUUAGUACUCUUAUAGAAGUAUCCAUUUGUUUCAUGGCAUUUCAAUACAGCCAAUCUGCGGAAAAGGAGCACGGCCUCCCUCCCCCUAAUUGUUAAUUUAAAAACCCCACUGGUAAGACAUUGAAAAUAGGGAUUGUGUAUUUGUUACUAUAAAAUGCUUAAAUCAAUAUUAGAUUAUGUCAGCAGUAGUUCAGCCAUGUUGUGCUUUCAUGGUUUCAUAUACACCCCUAAUGGGGCAAACUAUGUGAUCGAAGAAGGAAAAAAAAAUGCCAAGGCGUGUUUUGAUUCCAUUA